AUGGAAAACACUGUGCAUAUAAAAGUCUAUGGUGAUGGAUCAACUUCAGAAGGAGAUUUCAGUUGGGACACCAUUACUCUAACUUCCAGUACGGAAAAUGUUCCUGUAGCAUUUCCCCACAGUGUGAUUGGAUGUGGACACACCAACUAUGGACUCUUUGAUAAGGAAAGCUCUGGCAUAGUUGGCCUUGGAAUCGGACCUUUCUCACUUGCAGGUCAGUUGAAACCUAAAACAGGUGGAACGUUUUCCUAUUGUUUGACGCCAAUGUAUGAAGGAAAUCCAAAACCUAGCUAUCUCUAUUUUGGAGAUCGUGGUGAGGUUACUGAGAAAGGUGUCGUUUCAACUCCUUUAAUCAUAAACAAAGCACGGCCAUCCAUGUGCUUCGUGGUGAUGGAAGCAAUCAGUGUGGGAAGCAAUAAGAGAAUAGAGUUUCCCAGAUACGGUCAAGAUGGAAACAUCUUUAUUGACUCAGGGGCAACGAUCUCUUAUUUGCCCUAUAAAGUUUACUCAAGUUUGGAAAGAGAAAUGAUAAAUGCAGUUAAGUUACGUCGUACUAAAAGCCCAAUAGAAUUAGAGUCUCCCUUUUCUAGCAAUUUGAUAUUAGAUUAA